UUCAGAAGUUAAGAGAAGAUUUUGCAAUAGUAUCAGACAUGGAAAAUUUGGGACCAAUAGUUCGAUUUUUCUCGCAAGCAGCUGGAACGUUUUUUAUCAUUAUUAUCGAUGAUAUCGAUAUAUCAACACUACACCAAAUUUUUGAAAAACUUUGGAAGUUUCGGGGAAUUUAUAGAGUACUUUUAUUGACAUUAGAUGGAGUGAUGGUCUAUAAUCCAUUCAAAUACGAUGCAAUUACUGAAGAGUUCGGUGGUAUUGAAUUUUUCGAACAUAAAAAUAUAGUAACUCUAUUUGACAAUAUGAACGGAUAUCCACUUAGAGUGCAAAUAUUUAAAUCGGUUUAUGCUAGACCGAUCUUCAACACGUCUUUGAAUAAAAUGGUCAGUAUGGAAGGUGCUGAUGCUCAGGUGGCUUUAGAAUUGCAGAGAUCCAUGAACUUUACUAUGAUACUUCAGAGACCAUCGAAAGAUUACUUUGGCGAACGUGCUGCAAAUGGUUCAUACAAUGGAGCUAUUGGAAUGAUCAUUAACUCCGAAACCGACAUAAGCUUGACUGGAUUCUUCAUCAAAGACUAUCAUGUGCCGAUUGAAUUCACUGCUACCGUUUACGAUGAUCAACUCUGCUGUUACGUUCCAAAAGCUGAACAAAUUCCAGCAUCAAUUCUACCAAUUUGUGCUCUUCGACCAAGUUUUUGGUUAACAUUUAUAUUGGCAGGUUUUAUUUGUGGAACUGUUUGGAUAAUUUUUCGUGUUCUUAAUCUUCGAUUUCGAAUAUGUUCGAAAAAUUACAAAUCACGAAAUUUAUCGCCGAAUUUACGAUAUCAAUUUAUUCGUAUCUUCAAUGAUACUUGGGUAGCUUGGGUAAAAUCUAAUCUGACAAGAUUUCCUCCAUUCAAUUCGGAAAGAAUGUUUCUUAUAUCAAUUUGCUUGGUAAGUGUGAUCCUUGGAGCAAUAAUUGAAUCAAGUUUGGCUACUGUUUAUAUCCAUCCAAUGUAUUAUCAAGACAUUAACAAUCUACAUGAAUUAGACGAAAGUGGAUUGGAUAUUGUUUACAAAUACACAAGCUUCAAAGAUGAUCUAUUUUUUAGUGAAACUUCACCACUAUUUGCUGCACUUAACAAGAAGCUCAGGUAUUUAGGAGAUUUGGAUGCAGAUUUGAUUCAACAUUUAGCCAAUCAUCGAGAUAUUGCUAGUGUCACGAGAUAUUCAUCAUUGAUUUUGGAGUCGAAUGAUUACAUUUUGAAAAAGAAGAUUCAUGUUGUGGAAGAAUGUCCAAAGCAUUAUAUGAUUGCCUAUGCAAUGCCUAAGGAUUCACCAUUUGGAGAGAAAAUCAAUCAGUUGCUAUUACGAUUUUUGAAUGGUGGGCUUAUAAAUAAAUGGAUAGCUGAUAUGCAUGCAAAGGCCGAUAGAUUGAUUAUGUCGCAAAUGAUUAUUCAUGGAAAUUCAGCAUUUAAAGUUCUUACAUUGGUUGAUUUGCAAUUGGCUUUUUAUGUGGUAGUAUUGGGAAGUCUUUUGAGUAUGAUAUUAUUGGGAGCUGAAAUCUAUUGGAAGUAUAGACAAAGAAAUGGAAAUAUUGUGGUGGAUAUACAAAUUGAUUGAAUUUUUUCUGUUUUCACUAAUUCGAAAAAACUUUUCGGAUUCCACAAAUUAGUUGAUAUU